AUGUCCUCCCCAAAAAAGCCAUCAUCCUCCCCCCUCUCCUCCUCCUACCUAUCCUCCAGCAGCAGCAGCACCACCACCAGCAGUUCCGCCUCCACCAUCCCCUACUCCCCUUCCCGCUCUAUUCGCUCUGCAGCCCCUAGCACUAGUACUAUCGGGUAUUCCACUCCUUAUACGUCCACUUCCACUUCCACUUCCACUUCCAUUUUCACCGGGCCCAGCACUUCCUCCACUACACCCGCAAGCAGUAGCUCGGCUUACACACCUUACUCGCCUUACUUCCCUACCGCUACUAUGACUAGCUCUUAUUCUCCGGUCGCGAGUUCGUCGGGUUAUUUGGCUCCCAGCACCAGCUCUUACCUCGCCCCUAGCACCAGCACCAGCACAAGCACAAGCACCUCAUCUUCCACCCCCCUCCCCAGCUAUCUAACCCCAUCCACUUCCACCGCAUCCUCAACACCCAGCACCACAACCACAAGUUGGGCCGAGCGUAUCGCCGAGUGUACCGCCUGGACCGCCUGCGCCGACGCCGCCGGGCGCUAGUCCAUUGGAUAAAUCAUAGAGGUAAGUAAGUGGAGGUAAGUAGCGGUUACGAACAUGGAUGGGUACGGUCGAGGAAGAAUGAAUGUAUGGGAGGUUCUUAAGAUUCUUAAACAUGGGAAUUUUCGAGUGAUAUGACCAAGGGACAAGUCAGCGUUGGAUGUGAGAGAAGGCAAGUGCAUUAAACGAACGGGGAAGAGGGGAGCUGAGGUAAGGGAUAGGUUGGUUGGUGAGAGUCGGCGGAAAGGGCUGGAAUCCUGGAACGCAGGAAAGGGGGGAUUGAGUUGGGACCCGGGCUUGGUACCCG